CUUCGCUUGUCAGGAGACUGACGUUGUGAUUGCGAGUCCGGAACAAGUCGACAUGAUGUCCUUUCUCGUGCAAGCGUGCAGGCUCCUUUGCUUGUUUCUGACAUUGCCCUUGCGCCUGGCGGAUGUGCUGGGAUUGUGCAGCGCCUACAAACGUCUCUUUCCGCUGCUGGCCUACAAGAUCACGUUUUCCUACAACCGCAAAAUGCAUCGCGUGAAGAAAGAACUCUUCCGGAACUUGUGCGGAUUCGCCAACAGCGACGGUUCGCUCCGGCUGCUGGAGAUUGGCUGCGGCAGCGGGGCAAACUUCCAGUUCUAUCCGUAUGGCUGUACGGUGCUCUGCGCGGACCCGAACCCGCACUUCAAGGCGUACCUGAAGAGGAGCAUGGACGCUAACAAGCACCUGACCUACGAGGAUUUCCUGGUUGCCUCGGGGGAGGACAUGAACGAGUUGCCCGACGAGUCCGUGGACGUGGUUGUGUGCACAUUGGUGCUGUGCUCGGUCAGAGACGUGAAAAUGGUUCUCCGGGAGGUUCGGCGUGUGCUAAAAACUGGUGGGGCCUUCUACUUCUUGGAACACGUGGCAUCUAAGCCCUCAACCUGGACUUUCUUCCUCCAACAGACGCUCGACCCUUUGUGGUUCUAUAUCGGAGAUGGAUGCACAAUUACCAGAGCAACAUGGAACGAUCUCGAGUCAGCUGGCUUUUCUCAACUGCACCUAAAACACAUUGAGGCUCCGGUGACUUCAGUGAUACGACCCCACAUUGUGGGCUAUUCCAUCAAAUGAUUACAGGUGAAGUUUUUGACUGAUGGCGUUCUCAUCCAACUGCAAAAUCGGGAGAUAAAAGUAGCUGUCGUAGUGUUGCAAAAAAAAAACAAACCAGCCUACGAGCAUUCCAUCCAUCCGGGAACCCUCAUGCAAUUCUAAAAAUAAAUAAAACCUCAGGGUACACAAUUAGAAAAAGCCUAAAGUUAUGAACCCAAAAAUGCUCAUAUUUAUUAACAAUACAAAAAAUUGAUACAUUUUGUAUGGUCCUCAGAGGACUUUUAAAAAAAUGACCUGAUAGGAAAAGACUGGCCAUCCCUCUCUAAAAUGUUCACUUAAGCCAAAAAUGAUUAGCAAAAACAAGAGUGAAAAUAUAUAUUAUUUACUGACAGAAUGAGUAACACAGCCUCAUCUUUUUCAUGAAGAAAUAUAAUGUUACUCAAACGCUGUGCAAAAAAAAUUUCCUCCAGAUUGUCUAAACAGUAACGGCCAAUGAACAAUCGCACAAUAUUUCUGUUACCCUUUUUGAUCCCAUUGCACAAAAAUAAGGAAGGAAAAUUAACUUUUCCUUAGUGGGAGUAAGAGAAAUAAGAGCGCUCAUAUCUCAAACGUUUUGCUCCCUGGUCAAGAGAAAUUUCCGUUUAGCAAACAUGUUCACAAAGAACUAAUACAGUCAAUUCUGUAAAUGCUGUUGGUAGACCUAAAAACCACCCAACAUUUUUUUUUUUUUUUAAAAAUCACAUUUAGAACUCGAGAGUGAAAAAGCAAAAGCUCAUCAUUUUAAAACCUCCCAGUUUCAAAAUAUACACAACUAUAAAUGUUAUAGCAUUAGUGAAUAUAAAAAAAAAAACAGCUGGAAAAAAUGUCCAAAUUCUUUUUCUCGAGAUAUAUCAAUCAUUGUUAUAUCAAGCGGAGUAAAAAGCUCAUGGAUCUCAACCUGAAGCGUUCCCAGAAACAUGACCGCGUCCAAAGAGCUGAGAGCUGUUCCCAGUGACGGCACACUGGCUCUGCACUUUACCAGUUUAGCCUGUUUUGACACAAUAAAGUUCCUUUAAGCUUU